CAAGGAAGGCUGCACAAGGCUUAACACCAUGGCUCCACGUUGCAACCAAAAUUUUCUAGUGCCAAGGCUUUCUUUCCAGCUGCUGGUUUUGGCUAUGACAUGGCAGUCUGCUUUCACAGAAAGUGCUGAUACGAUCCAACUCAGAGGAGAAGUUGGUGGAAAAGUGUCCUUCAACUGCCCCGUUGACAAACAAAAGCCAUUGCAUCUGCUGUAUUUCCAGAAGGACGGAAUAUUUGUGAAUGGCUACUAUGCAAGUAAAAAUGCAUCAAGCCAGGGAUGGGAGAACACCAUACUGGAUCUUAACAGGACAACUAUGAUCAUGUACAAUUUGAACCUCUCACAUAGUGGCGACUACCAAUGUAUUAUCCGUUACUCUGACUAUGCAACAAGAGGUGUACCUGAUAUACACCUACACCUCGAUGUCACAGCAAACUACAGCAAACCUACACACACAGUUCACUGCAGUGAUUCAAAUCAUCACUUUGGUUGCCUAGUGACAUGUUCCUCACAUGGAGGCUACCCGGAAACUGAGGUCAUGUGGCACACACCUUUAAAGACUUUGAGGGUUGUGAACAACAGUGGAGUGAGUGAUCCAGACACUAAAACAUUCAACAUCUCCAGCGCGGCAUACCUCAACUGCUCCGAUGGAAAGCUGACAUCCGUCAAUUGUUCUGUGGGCGACGUCAGCUCAGGGAUGUUCUCAGUUUGUACACCCAAGGAUCCACCUGAUUCUAACAAUCCUCAUGUGAUACCAGUAGCCAUCUGUGCAGUGCUGUUUUUCGUUAUUGUGAUGGCAUUGAUGUUCUAUUACAAGAAAGGACCGAGAAGAGCAGCAGCAGUACCUGAGCUGCAAGAAAAUGGAAAUGUGGAGGAGCUAAGAGGCCUUCGUUAAAACAUAGAGGCACCUUGAGGGCUGCAUUGGUGAAGAGGAAGGUCCAAAUUUUUCUCGGGCCGUAGAAUCUUGAACUAAAACUGUAUGUCACUCAAAUGUACAUUACAUUUAUGACUGACAGCUGGAUACAAGCCAGGAACGGCCAGAGUAAAUUGUUGGAGACUCACUGGGGACCUCAUGCCCUUAACAUUUCACCAACACUUUGACUUGACACUCUUUAAGUGUUUAAGGAAGUAUUCUUUGUCAGUAUCCUUUUACGGGUAAUGUACAGUGCAUCAUUCAACUGAGAAUAGGUUACUUCUCCAAAAAAAGACUUUUCCAAUGGUUUGUGGUGAGAUUGCCGUCGUAUACUGGAAAGCAUUCUGUUGGGAAACAAUUCCGAGCAUUGUGAGCAAUGAAAACAAAAAUACUGUAUGUAACAUUGGUCAAAUACUAUGUAUUUUCUAUUGUUAAACUGACCUCUAAGGGCAGAAGUGGGAUCUGUUACACAUACAGCAGGCUUCACUUUUUGGACUGUGUUUUAUCAUUUUUAAAUGCAGUAUAUUGUAUUGUUGCACUUUAAAAUUGUAUUUUCUUAUGUAAUGCCCAUAAUGGUACUGUAAACAUUAGUCUCAACCUGUUUUGGUUUUAAAAUGAUCGAAAGGUAGAUCCCUAAUUCUAGUUCAUGGUUUUACUCUUUUUAGUUUACUUUCGAUUUACUUUCUGAUACGUUUUGUCUAUCAAAAAUGAGGUAUCAGCUUCAAGGUAUUAAAAGCUGUGAAAAAAUAUUUAUGAAUGCAGAAAAGAUGGCAUCAAAAUAAUGUUUGCACAUGAAUUUGUUCUCUGAAGUACUUUACGUACAUUUUCUGCAAUAGGUCUUCGUUAAUAGCCAUUACCAUUAUAAAAAAUGUGGUCUUCCUCGCAACUUUGACUCUUUUUUCUCAGGUGACUGUUAGUAUUGCUAUUUUUCUACAUAUUUAUAUCAUUUGAUGUUUUUUUUUCUCAUUAUGAAAUUGCAUAUCCUAUAACCUAUUUAUACUACAAUUUUUGUUGCUUUUGCCUUUUAUUCUUUGUCCUUCAGAAUAACCAUACAAUCUCAUAGGGGCUGUUUUCAUUUUCUUAAGAGAAAUGCUCCCGCAGUAUGGCUGUUCGGUAUCUCAUUUGCGUCAAUUGAAAUCUGAAUACUGAAAUAUACAAUAAACUGAACUUUAUUGUUCACUGUGA